AUGCCUUUACAUCUUCUAGGCAAGAAAUCAUGGAAUGUCUACAACCCCAAGAAUAUCGAGCGCGUAAGGCGCGACGAAGCGGCAGCGAAAGCCCGUGAGGAGGCCAAAGAGCAACGCCAGCAAGAAGUCGAUGCCGAACGUCGCCUAGCCAUUCUACGAGGCGAGGUACCCCCGCCUUUACCCCCUUCCGACCAGCUAGGCGGCGAAGAUGAACCUCGCGACCGAAAGCGAAAUCGAUACGAGGAUCAGAAAGAGUCAAGUCGGGGUAGAGAGAAGAGAAAGCGAAAGCGCGCAGGCGAAGAUGAUACCGAUUUCGAAUUGCGCCUUGCGCGCGAGCAAGCAGAAGCUACGCAGGCAACGGGCGAUGCGCUAGUAAAAAGAACCAGUAAUGCGCCGCUCGUCGACCAUACGGGUCACAUAGACUUGUUUCCCGAAGAGAGGCCGCGCGUACCCAUAGAGAAAAACGAAGAGGCUGAACGGGAAGCUGCUAAGAAGAAGAGAGAAUACGAAGAUCAAUACACCAUGCGCUUCUCCAACGCUGCGGGCAAGGAUGGGUUGGUUGGCCCGUGGUAUGCAAAAGGUGGCGAUAUCAAGGAUAUCGUAGACGGAAACCUAGAAGCUCCAAGUAAGGACGUAUGGGGUAAUGAAGACCCGCGACGAGAGGAACGGGAAGCCGCACGCGUUGUAGCCAAUGACCCUUUGGCUAUGAUGAAGAGAGGGGCCGCAAAGGUUAGGGAGGUGGAGAAGGAAAGACGGAAAUUGAACGAGGAGAGGGACCGAGAACUAAAGCAGCUUCGGAGAGAAGAGAGGAGGCGAGAGAGGAGGCAGCGGCGCGAAGGGAAGGAUGGCCAUGACGACCUUGAAGGGUUCUCUCUAGAUGGUACAGCUUUUAGCCGGCCGCUACAUCGUCCCAAAGACGACGAUGAUCAUCACCAUCGACAACGACACCAUCAUUCCCGAGAUGAAAGUAGGCGAUCUCGACGCCACUCCGAACAUAGACAUUCCGAACACCGGGAACAUAAGGAGCACCGGCACGACAACGAGAAACGAAGUUCCAGACCAGAUCGCCCAGAGCGAGAUGAAGGACAAUCAAAACACGGCAGGCGACGAGAGGGGAGGACAGACAAUUAUUAG